AUGUUGGCGCUGACCAGUGUUCUCUUCUUUGUCACAGUUCCACGUCUGCUGGCAGAAAAACUCACAGCAGUCAAAUUUGACCUCGGCGGUGUCCCUCCAAAUUUGACUGGACCUUUAAAACAGAACUUUGAUCUGACUGAGGCGGAGAGAUACAAAGUCAAUGAACUCAAAGGUCCAGAGUCAUUCGUUUUCUACAGAGGACACAUCUUUACGGGACUUUCUGAUGGACGCAUCGUGGAUAUCUCAGACUGUGGAGUUAGAACCGUGGCGAAAAUGGCCUCUCCAGGUUGCAAAAGUGAGCAAGAGUGUGGCAGACCGCUGGGUUUACGCUUGGACUCCAGGGGAGGGCUCAUUGUAGCAGAUUCUUCAAAUGGAAUUUAUCGUGUAAAUGUAGAAACAGGUGAAAAACAACUUCCUCUUCUCAUCAAAGACCUUAGUCAACGGUAA